AUUCAGCGGCCUGUAGCCAUGCGCGGCUUGGAGAAGCAGGGUCUGUGUGCUACAGCGGCCCCAUGUGGGUGUGCUCAGCCGGCCCUGGAGACAGGGAAUCUUUUUACUGAGCCAAUAGGGUACUUGGAAUCAUGCUUCUCAGCCAAGAUUGGCACUCCAAGGCAGCCAUCCAUUUGUAGCUACUCCAGAGCCUGUUUGAAGAUCAGAAAGAGCAUCUUUAAUAAUCCUGAACAUUCCUUGAUGGGCCUAGAACAGUUUUCUCAUGUUUGGAUUUUGUUUGUUUUUCACAAAAACGGCCAUUUGAACUACAAGGCAAAAGUGCAGCCACCCAGGCUGAAUGGGGCAAAGACUGGGGUGUUCUCCACACGGAGCCCUCAUCGCCCUAACGCAAUAGGACUGACGCUGGCCAAGCUGGAGAAGGUGGAAGGUGGAGCUGUAUACCUAUCUGGGAUUGAUAUGAUACACGGCACACCUGUGCUAGACAUAAAGCCCUACAUUGCUGACUACGACUCACCACAGAACUUCAGUGUACAGAAUAGCCACUAUAAGCUGAGGGCUGCGGCCCAGUCUGGUGGCACAGCUAAUGGUUGUGACCAGCAGCUGCUCUCAGGGUGUGGGGAAGCACAGCCUUGCCAUAGCACUGAGGAGAAACCUAAAUGCCUUGAAGAUAGGACCUCAGAAGAAAACUCCCAGGAGUCUAGAGUCAUGAGAGAAAUCCAGCACACUUCGCCAGAGGACAGAGAGAGAGCGGUGGAUUUGGCACUGGAACCAGGCAGAGGUGAGAGCAUGGAUACGUCGGAAGAUCAGCUUGGUCCACAGGAGCUGAAGUGCUUUCUGGAAGAAGGCAUAGACAGACCAAGGAAAAUGGAAGGUGCCUUGGUCCUGCGGAGGAGCAGUGCAGAAACACAGUGGGAUGCUUCCUGCCAUGCCAGGACAGCUGACAGAGUGCCCUGCAGUGUUGUCCCCAGCUGGGUGAAGGAGGCUCCUGUAGCCCCUUUACGAGUCCGGUUUACUCCUCAUGCAGAGACGGAGCUGAGGAAGCUCAGUUCAGGUCGGUGAUGCAAGCUCCUUCAGGAGAAAGUCCUGGCUGCUGAGAUGGACCUUGAGCUGUUGGGGCUGGGAGUGCCUGACUCAUGCUUCCUAGCCCAUGCCAGCAUCUCAGAGGGAAGCGAUGCCAUCUUCUCCACGGCUUCCUCUACUCGCCCCCUGAAGGCAGGCGUCUCCUCUCCAGUCCUCCCCCUUCCUUUGACUGCACAUCACUCUCUGGAGGAUCUCAGCCACACCUCUGACUCCAACCCUCACCCCUGUGAAUCUCAAACUGUUUCCAUCCUUGACUUCAUUCCUGAGCUCCUCCUCACCCACAGAGCCAUCCAGGAACCCAGUCUCUUCUCUACUUCUCAAACAUGGCGUAUCCGGAAGGGCACUGUUUAUUCUGCCUUCAGAUUGGACACUGCUCUUGGUUCCAACUGAGUUUGUUUCUAUGUAUGUCCAAGCCUCCACGUGCCCCCUCAAGGUGCAGCUUUUUGGCCUUUCUUAUUCUAACUCCAUCGUAGUCAAUUCUGCUGUUUAUGCAUUGGCCGCUAAUAUCUGGUCACGUGACUGACCUCCUUUUCUGGUACAUCCCUCUUCUCCAAACUCUGUAUCCCUCACUGCCACUGAAAAGAUGGGGAUACUGCCUCCACCAGCUGGUCAUUCCCUUAGGAACAAGUGGAAAGCGUAAAAAGACAGAUACUACCCAGUGUGGGCAAGCACACAGGGUAAUCCAAUCCCUGGUGCCGGUUCCGCUAGGUGUGCGGAAGGGCAAAACAACUCUGGAAAACU